GCCGCCGCCAUGGCCGCGGCGGGCGGCGAGGGACCCGGGGCGGGCCGGGCCCUGCAGACCGCCAUGAGGACGGCGAGCGGCGCCCUGGAGAUGGACAGCGCCGGGCGGCCGCGGGAGGCCUACAUGGAGUACCUGAGGAGCAUCGCCUUCAUCGCCCAGGCCCUGCAGGAGGAGGCGGCAGGGGCAGACGGGGGUGAGGGGGUCACCCCCGACACCCCGAAGAUGCUGAAGCUGGCGGAGCAGUGCCUGGAGAGGGUCAAGUCCAUCGCGGCGGCGCUGGGGAAAGCCCAGGCAAAACCGGCUGCGCAGGAGCGGAGCGGCGGCCCUGCUCCCCUCCCCAGGCAUCGCAGGGUCUUCUCGGACGAGGGGGGGAAGCUCUCUCCUUUCCUGCCGCCGGAGAUCUUCCAGAAGCUGCAGAUCGCCGAGGCGCAGAGCGCGCGGAAGGAGCUGACGCCGCUGGAGGAGGCGUCUCUGCAGAACCAGAAGCUGAAGGCUGCCUACGAGGCACGGGUGGCACGGCUGAACCCCAGCCAGGCCCUGCAGAAGACCUCCCUGGCAAGUGGGGAGCGCCGACGGGGGGGAGGCCGGGGAGGGAGGGCUGCUGCUGGCGGGCUGGGAGGGGAGAGGGUCCCUGUGGUCCCUGGGGGACCCCCUGCUCCAUGCCGGCCACACUGGUGGCCGUGGGCUUUGGGCAGGUGUCCCCAACACGUCUCCUGCUCCACAGACCCUGUCCCUGCAGCGGCAGAUGAUGGAGAACCUGGUGAUCGCCAAGGCCCGGGAGGAGACCCUGCAGCGGAAAAUGGAGGAGCGGCGGCUGCGGCUGCAGGAGGCUGCCAACAGGAGAUUCUCCAGCAGCGUGGCCCUCACCCCCGAGGAGCAGGAGCAGAGAGCCCUCUACGCCGCCGUCCUCGAGUACGAGCAGGACCACGACUGGCCGAGGCAAUGGAAGGCCAGGCUGAAGCGGAGCCCGGCGGACCUCUCCCUGGUGUCGGGGCUCUUCUCCUGCCUCCUCAGCUUCCCCGAGCACCCCAUCGCCCAGCUCCUGCGGCAGCUGCAGUGCGCGGUGUACGCCCGCCUCUACCCGGCCGUCAGCCAGGGCACCGCCGAUGCCGCCCCUGCCUCCCCCACCGGCCUCUCCUUCCUCUCGCUGGAUGCCGGGGGCUCGCUGCCCGCCGAGCCGGGGGGCCGCCGGCUCCGAGCCUCCCGCAGCCUCCACUGCAUGUUCUCUGUGCCCGAGCACGGCCCGGCCGGGCUGCGGCACAGCCUGUCCAGCACGCCCCUCGCCGACGGCGGCCCCGGCACCCCGAAGGCGGAGAGCGGCUGGCCGGGGCCGGCGGCAGCCCCCCAGACCCCCCGGGAGAGCUCCUUCGAGGACCUGGAGCGGUUCCUAGCAUCGCCCGAGAGCUGGGCCCCCGGGGAGCCCCCGGCCGGCCCCGGGCAGGAGGCGGCACUGCCGGAGCAGCUGAAGGGCAUCGUGCGGGACAUCCACAACGCCAUCGGCUGCUGUCCCUGACGCUGCUGGCCUUCGAGGGGCUGAACACCGCCGCCGGCAAGGACCAGUGUCUCGCCUGCCUGGAGGAAGCCUUCUUCCCCCCGCUCUGGGCCCCGCUGCUGGCCCUCUACAGGAGCGUGCACCGGCCCCGCGAGGCGGCCCUGGCCCGGAGCAUGGAGCGGCACCGGCACGCCGGCCCCGCCGACAUGGGGCUGUCCUCCCGGCUCUUCCCGACGGCCCCCGGCUGCCCGGCGUACGGCUCCGCCGUCAAGGACCUGCGCCUCAUCCCGCUGGAGACCUGUCCCCGCAGGAAGCUGGAGUGCAUCGUGCGAGCCCUGCGCGGCAUCUGCGAGUGUGCCGAGGAAUACUGCGGCUCCCGGGACAGCCGGACCCCCGCCUCUGCCGCCAUCGGGGCGGACGACCUGCUGCCCAUCCUGUCCUACGUGGUGCUGCAGACGGGGCUGCCCCAGCUGCUGUCCGAGUGUGCCGCCCUGGAGGAGUUCAUCCACGAGGGGUACCUGAUCGGGGAGGAGGGGUACUGCCUGACGUCCCUGCAGAGCGCCCUGUCCUACGUGGAGUCCCUGCAGUGAGGAGGCGGCAGCGGGGGGGGGGGGGGGACACACACACCCCCUCUCCCCGCCACCCACGGCCAGGAUGUGCGCGGGCUCGGCGCUGCGGCAGGAGGAGUUCCACCGGCAGGAGUACCGGCAGGAGUACCGGCGCUGCCUGGAGCGGGAGUUCCGUCAGGGCCGCGCCGGGCCCUGCUCCGACCCCUCCUUCGGGG